GUGCGCACUUCGCAGUCUUUUAUUUUUCAUCUUAUUGUCCGGUGUGGAAUUCCGCUGUUUUGUUCUUGUAUCCGAAAUUAAUUGGGGUUGGAAAGCAUUUCCAAUUGCUGAAAUUCACUAUUUACAUAAGUGGUAUUUUCAUUAUUAUUCACUAUGUCUUUGGAUUUAUCUACGAUUGCUAAUUUGAAAGUUAAAAGUAUACCCGGCGAAGAGACAGUAGAGUUGCAGAAGUUUUGGCAGGAUCAGAAUGUGGCGAUCAUAUUCUUCCGCCGGUGGGGCUGUAUGUUUUGCAGAUUGUGGGCUAAAGAAUUGGGGGAUAUUGCAACGGUGUUGAAGAAUAACAACGUGCGAUUGGUCGGCGUGGGUGUGGAAGAAACCGGCUCGAAGGACUUUAUUGACGGGAAAUAUUUUGAUGGCGAACUAUAUUACGUGGAGGAUCGCUCGACGUAUCAGAAGUUGGGUUUCAAGCGAUUCAACAUUGUUACCAUUAUGACGUCACUGCUGUGGAAGCAAUCGAGGGAGGCAAUAGCCAAAGGGAACCGUAUGGGUCUAGGUGGGGAUAUGAAAGGUGAUUGGGUGCAAACUGGAGGCGCUCUAUUGGUCGAAAAAGGCGGGAAAGUUGUCAGCCAUUUUAAACAAACGGGCCCUAGUGAUCAUCUGUCGAAUGAAGAGAUCCUGAAGAGUUUCGGCCUGGAGCACGAGUACAACGCUGAGACGAUGGCGAACAAGAAGCGUGACGAUAUCGAGUGUUCCGCUGAAGCGAAACCCUAAACUGUUGUUGCCAGCAUCAUCUAUAUUAUAUUUAGUGGUAGUCUUAAACACACUUAAAAAAGUUUCCAUAUUUGUUACGUUUAAAAAAGGUAAUUAAAUUGAUUAUUUAAUGAUUUUGUUUUUGUCGAAAUUAAAUCGGUAUUAAAAUUAAGGCGA